AUGGAUCUUUUCUUCAUCAAGGGCCGUUGGUGGUUGGCUGUGACCGACUAUUACUCACGAUUUCCUGAAAUCGCCCCGUUAAGAAGCACCUCAUCGGAAACAGUGAUCGAACACUGUAAGUCCAUCUUCGCUCGCCAUGGUAUUCCUGACGAGGUAAUCUCUGACGACGGACCCCAGUUUUCUGAUGCGCAGUCAUCAGCAUUUAAGAACUUUGCCGCCACAUACAAAUUUCGUCACACUACAUCGAGUCCGCGUUACCCCCAGAGUAACGGCCUCGCGGAGGCGGCAGUGAAAAUCUUCAAGAAUUCCUUGAAGGAAACAGAUGAUCCCUAUGAGUCGCUCUUAGCAUACCGGACAUCUCCCCUGGCCAACGGUUACAGCCCUUCGGAACUUCUGAUGGGCCGCAAGUUGCGCACUACUAUCCCAAUCUCCCCUGAAGUACUUUUGCCCAAGACGCCGAACUACGAUGACCUGAGGAAGCGGUAG